UGUAUUGCGGUAUGACUUCAGAGAAAAUCAUGAUAAAACUGUGUAAAGAUUCAGAGUCCUGCAUAACGCCGCGGAAUAUACACUUACACGAAAAUAAUAUAGGCAUAUUUUAAGCGAAAUUGUUAAAUACUUAGUAAAAUAUACAAUGUAUGACAAAUAUAUCUUUUCUAAAACGCAGUGUAGAAAAUAGUUGAUAUAUUUAUUAUUACGGGAGAACGGAUGUUAUGUGAAUUUUAAUAUUUUACCUUUUUGUGUUUAAAAUAUAUGCAGUUACGGAUGAUAAUUCGAAAGUGACAACUGUCAUAUGCUUUUGUUCAAUAUAUAACGUUUAUGGAAAAAUAGGAUAUUUGUAAAAAUAAUGUUGGAUAUUGAUUUUGUAAUAAUUUAAAGUUGGAAUAUAUUGUACUGGAUUUUAAGCCGAGGGAUAUUUCAAAUAACUUAUCGAGAGUAAACAUGGGGAAGAACUGGUGCAGACGAAAUAGAAUUAAAGGUUGCUAAGUUACAAUGGCUCAUCACCUUGAAGGCAGAGUGGAUUUGACAGCUAUUGAAAGGUCGAGACUGCUUGGAUCUUUAUCGGCAGGGUCUCUCGGACAGCUUGGGUCAGUCACAUUUUCAGCAGCGGACUCGAGUUUGAGCCAACUUUCAGCUUCGGGAUCUGAACUGUCAAGGUCGGCAUCACCUACUACCCUCCAGCAGUAUGCUAGCAGAUUUCUACCAUCAUCUGGUCUACCACCUACAGGUACCAAUUACGCAAUGAUGGCAAGCUACCUCAGCAAUGCGGGUCAUGUUCCGGAAGCACUCAAACAUCUGAUACCGGAAAUGCAGCAAUAUUGGUCGGCAGCACAACAAGAUAGCUACGCACGAUAUCUUUUGGGCAACAUGUAUUACCCCUAUUUGCCAUACCUACCGGCAACUGAGUCGCUGGCAUUAUUUGCUCAAAACUCAAACGUUGCUCAGAUGGAGGCCGCAUUGCAGGCACAGGCGGUGCAACACCGGAUAUAUGACCUACAGAAAGAGGCACUUUUUGGUCAAAGUGCAUAUACACAUAGUUUGUACCCUCACUCUCAUCUAUAUUCACCGAACAGUCAAUUAGAGGCUACAAACCUAUCAUUGCCAAGUUCAAGCCGGGAUCGACCUAGUGACCGACCUAAAGAAAUCGAAUCCGGAAGACAUGAUAUAAAGAAAGAGUCUGACAAGAAAAUUGACAAAGAAAAAACAGAAGUAGACAGCCUGAGACUUUCCAAUGAUCAGGUUCCUGAUAAAAGUAAACCUAUUGAUGGUAGUGAAAGAACACGUGGAAGGUUAUUAAAAACUGAAGACCGAGACAAAAUUAAAAGUAGUGCGAAAUUAACAAGAACUCAAACUUUUGAGUCAGACAAUAAGAAAUCAAACGAUACAUGUGUACCGGAAAAUCUUUCCAAAAAGAGAAAGCCUGUUGAUAACUCUGACAUAAUUAUACUUGAUUCUCCAAAAUCAUAUGUAAGUAAUGAACAUUCUGACAUUGAUAAUCAUGAGUCAAUCAAAUCUAAUUCUAACGGAAACAUAAUGAAUCGAGAAAAUGGCACAGGUCUGCCUAUACAUAGUCCAGUAGAAAUAUUAUCACUAAGCCCUACGAGGCAUAGCCUUGUAACUAGUCCGGAAAAUUGUCCUAAAAUUUCUGAAAGUUCUGAACGCAAGCGACGAGUAGUAAGUCCUGUGGGUAAGAGAAAAGAGAUAUGUGUUGAAGACCAAGACAUGCCAGAAAAUCUGUGUAUCAAAGAUAGAGACAAGUCAAAAGAGGCAAAGAGCGUGUCCCAAACAGAAUUACUGAAGACUCAUACUAUAAACACUACAUCGACUGUUGAUGUUAACUCAAAAUUGGACAUAAACACUACGGAUGUCAAUAGCAAAUAUCAAGGCAAAGCAUCAAGUUUGUCCCCGUCACAAACAAGCCCUUCUUUAUCAAAACAGACAACAGUCACCACGUACUCUCUUCCAUACUAUCAUAAUCUGUAUGCUCGUUCCCAACCGCAGGAUGGAAAGCGUGUUCACGCCACAACAUAUGUCCCAGAAAUAGGUACCAUAUCUAGUCCUGUCGCUGGUGCGCCAUCUGUCAUAAAUGUUGUUGACACUAAACAUAAACUCAGAGAAAAACUCCAGUCAGAAGAUAUUCAACCAUGUAGUGGUGAUAGAAAGUCACCGAUUUUGGUGAUUCCAACGAAAACAGAUAAUUCCAAACAAAAGAUUAAGGAUUUUAGUCAAACUUUAUUUAUUGAAACGAGUGAGCAAAGUAUAUUUGAUCUAAGCAGAGACGAAAAAAGUCCCUUUUAUUGCAAUAACCGGAGUUGUGUUCAAUCAAACUUAAAAUCGUCAAAUGAAGGACUUGUGUCUCCAACCGGUUCAGACUCAAAAUGUACAGAUACAGAAAAAUCAAUUGACCUUUCCAUGAAGAAAAACUAUAGCUCACGAAGUCACAGUCAAGGAGGAAAUAAGGAUUCUUCAAGGUCACCUGUAAUGCGUAAGCGAGAAGUGCUUAAUUCACCAAAAGGAAUCGAAACUGAAAAACUGGUUGCGCAGGAUCUGAGAAAAUUCUCUGACAGGGCGCAUGACUUGAGGAAAAAUCAUGACAAGCCAAAAGAAAAUGUAAGUGAUAAUGUUAAGAAAAGUGCCGAGAAACGCAAAGCGUGUGAUUUGAAUCACAAUUCUAAAGAUCCGAAUGAAAUGGAAGUUUCAAAGAAACUUAAGAAGUAUGUGCCUUCCAAAUGUGUAAAUGCUCUUGAUAAUGUGAUAUCAUUGACAGACAGUGAUGAUUUAAAGGAAAAGUCAAAGGAUUCCGAAAGUGAUUUGAAUAAGAAUAAAACAGACAAAACGACAAUACAAGUUGUAAAAGAUAAUAGACAAAGUGCAAAUGGAAUGACAAACAAACAUAAGAAUUCGGUUAAGCCAUUAAACGGUACAAAGGAUUUACCUGAUAUUGACAAAAAGAAUACAAAGCAGACUCAACAUACAGCUGUUGAUUCUCCAAAACCGAAAAGUUCAACUUUGAAACAAACUGAUGGGAAUAGUCAGCCAACAGGAAUUCCUGUUGGCAUAGCUGUUGCCAGGCAACGGAAUAUUGCACCAAAAGUUAGUUCAGUAGAAAACGACACUAAAAAGACAUCAGAAGACACGAAGAAACAACAUCCUGUGGCGGAUGUGAAACCUAUUAGACCGCUGAAGGUUAUCCGACCUUCAACCAAGGGUUGUGGUCCGACUGUCUCUGACAAACGAAAUGAAUUGCCAGCAAAUUUGAUAGUAACAGGAGGGGCGACGCCACCAGGAGUAUUCUGGCCCGAUGAUCCGGCGUCCCGACAGCUGGCUGCCCAGUUUUUACAAGCGGGUCAUCCUCUGCCACCUACAAGCUGGUACGGAGCGGGAGCAUUUCCAUUUCCACAAAAUGUCACCACGACAAGCUCCGGGGUAACACAAGCAAAUCAAAUGCCAUUUACAGUUCCAGCGGGAUACAAACUAGCGCAAGAUUCUGUAACGGGACAGAUUCUACUAUUACCUACAGGUUCCGAUGUCUUUGACAGUAGUCGGUUAUUUAGCGGUUUGCCUGUUGGCAGUCAAAUCACCGGUGGACCAGGGUUUGGAAACCCCGUCCUACCGAGUCAGAGUACUCCAGUCACAUUGUCCGCUACACCAUCCAUAUUUCCAGGACACUCGUCUGAUAAACCUUCAACUCUUGAAAUAGGUUUACCAACAUUUGCUCCGAUGUUUACAGGAAACGUGCUCAACACUCCAGAAGUAGCAGCUAAGGACGACAAACUAUUAUCCACAACUCAGUCCAACACGACCAAUGCAAUUACCCCGUCAAUUAUAUUGACUGCCGGUCACGAAAGCACACCUGGUCCAGGGAACCGUGAUGCCACUAAUUCAACUAAGUCCGAGAUUAUUAAUCUAUCACAGACUGCAACUGUUUCAGAACUUGCUGUUGUGUCCGGACAACCAUGUACAUAUACAUUUCCAUCGCCAACUGUACCGAUUGUUCUUAAUCAGGCACUGUUAACUACACAAAAUGUUCCGGAUAAUUGUCCGGAAGUGACGCAGCUUAAACACGAUCAUACUUCCGUUCAAUCACGCGGAACGUCUCCAAUGUUACCGGCAUCUGAUUCUUGCGCCGAGGAUACAGAGGAAAAUAAAUCUGAUGAUAACGCUGAUGAAAUUUUAGAAGUAUGUGAUAUUGAAGACAAUAAAAAUGAAACUGUUAAUUUAAAUAGCGACUCAGUGGAGAUACAUCGUUGUGAAGUAACACAAACUUCAAACAUUAAGGAAGAUAAAAAUAGUAUAAAAGAUGAUUUAAGAAUGGGGCUUUGUUCAAAUAAGUCAACUUUUGACUCGUUACAAGUACAAACAAACAUUGACAAAACUCAAAAUACAAAUAAAAUCGACAAAUUGAAACGUGAAAAGGACUCAGGGACAAGUGAAAAUAAAGCUGAAUUGGAAUUGAAAGACCGCGCUAAAUCCCCAAGGUCAAGCAGGAAUAUAUUCACUGACCUAACUGAGUAUAAUCCAUUCAUGGAUCCCCAGGUUUUACAGGCAGCAGACGGACUUGAACUUUUAAGUGCUCUAGCUGAGAAAAGUGCAAUGCGUUUGAAUGAAGAAUCUAUACCGAAAGAAAACGCAAAAGAAGAAACUUCGAUAAGAAAGAUUGAACAUAUUGACGACGUAGUAAAAGUCGAAAGUGAUAUAAAAGAAGUAAGGAAGGUUGAUAUUAAAAGUAAUAACAAAAGCGUAAAGGACGAUACCGAAAAAAGAAAACAGAAAGAUAUAAUUGAUGGAAUAGCUAAGGAUGUACCAAUUAAACCACGGAUAAAAUGUGGAUUUGCUUUUAAGCCUAAAAAGGAAAAGAAAAAGUCAGUAUUGGAUGAUUCCAAAAAGAUGACAACAUUUUGUGGCAUAUCAAUUCCAGAAGAAACAGACCUUGAUUCUUUUCUCGAAAUAGAUGACGAUGUGAUAGACUCCAUUGAGAUGCAGAUGAAAAUGAGACUGGCAGAGCUCCAGAAAAGAUACAGGGAAAAACAGAAGCAGCUUGCAAAAUUGACACCAAAGAAGUUAAAAGACACAGAAAACAAGACAAAAGACGAAACGAAACAAAAGACCGGAAGUGACACAUUAAGAGGCCCCGGAAGGCCAAAGAAAAAGAUGAAAGAUUCCAGUGGAAGCUCAGAUAGUAUAAGCGACAAACUUUCAAAAUCGAAAACCGGUGAGCACGGCAGCAAAUCGUCCCCUCCAUCUUCUACCAGCGGCGGUUCGGCGGGACAACAUGGACCGGCAAAGAAGAAGAAACUCGCAGAAAUGCUCGUUGACCGAGUGUUCCGAAAGACAGGAAGUUCCUUCAAGAUACCAUUAAGUAAAAAGAUGAACCUGAUAGCGCCAGCCAGGAUCGAGUUCCCCGGCGGUUCACAGGCAAUGGAUAGAACUGAACAUGCUCGUCAUAACAAGUCAAUGGACUUUGGAAAACUGAUAAAACGCUCGCGUCUUUCACAAAUCAAUGGCAAAGAAACGGGCUUCGUUGGAGGUUUGUGGCAUAGAAAAUAUGGUAGCGACCGGAAACAUUCUUUACAUAAAGAGAUAAAGUUGAAAAAACGAAAGAAAGAGCACGCGAAAGAAUAUUCUGCUAAAAGCGGUCUUAACUUGUUGGCAGAAUAUGCAGCUAAAUCAUCGACAGAUUUACAGAAAAAGAAGCGAAAAGUCGAGGAAACUAAUGGGUCCACCAAUUUGUCGCCGGAAUCACCAAACAAAAAGAGGAAGCCGGGAAGGCCAAAGAAAUGCGACGUAGUACGACCGGGCGUUACAGAGACGAUUGUUGCGAAGCAGUCUAAACACAUGGAUUUCUUCCGAUGGCAAGCAGACGACACAAAACAAGAAAGAAAAAUAAGCCUGGAAGGUAAAACUCCCCUCAAACCCCUUUACCUUGAUGAAUGGAACGUUAGGAGGAGCGAGCGAAUAUUCCUGAGCGACCCUAGUCCACAAACUAGUCCAAACGCCAUUUCACCUGGCGUUAAAGCCAAACCGGAAGUGAAGAAACAAGAAAAAGACAGGAAACCAAAACAAGAGAAGCAAAAGAAAUCCCAGUCACUUAGUAUGUCGCAAAAAGUGAAAAAGAAAUACUCGACAGGAUUUAGUCAACAUAGAGCAAGGGAGAAAACUACAGAAUUACUUAAGGCAACACGUGAUCGUUUGACCCAGAAACGUCAAGAGAAGAAGAUGAUGCUGAAGACAUCAGUAUGUAAUGAUGACGACAGCGACAGUGACGAUAUUCCACUCAGUUUAUUCAAACCUAAGCCCAAAGUUAAAGUUGAACUGCCACUUUGCACGUUAACAGCAGACGACUUGUGUGACGGUAUCAGAAUACUCGUGUUUAUGGACGGUCUGUUUCACGAGGGGGAACUAAAGGCUAUUCGCCCACCUGAUAUAUAUGGAGCUAUACUAGACAAUGAGAGAAAGACACGCCCACAUUAUUACUCACAAGAAGAAAUACUUAAAGAAGCGAUAAAAGACACGAAACCGUUAAGUGGGGACCAGCUGAAAGAAGGAACCAGGAUAUGUGCUUACUGGAGCCAGCAAUUUAGUUGCCUGUACCCUGGAACUAUUUCAAGAGGGACCCCAAAUCCAAUUACAGACAGAAGUUUAUAUAAUGUUGAGUUUGACGACGGUGAUACAGGGAAAAUUCCGCUAGACCACAUCCGAAUCAUUCCGCAAGAUUUUCCCCAUGUUGAAUAUGACCCAAACCCACUCUUGUUGCUCACGGCACGGCGGAGAACCAUGUCGACAUCAGAAAGUGUUAGCACCGAACCGAAGAAAUCAGUAUCUGAGUCAAGUAAAGACCCAAAGAUAAAACGCGGACCGGGAAGACCGCCUAAGGCUGAACGUUUGAUGUCCAAUGAAUCUAUGGGUGACGAAGAUGUAUUCAUUAGCGAUACACAAAAAGAUCAUGACAAAAAGAACAAAUCAGGAAAUAAGAAUGGUUCAGAUGAAAAGAAAGGCCAAGUUACACUUUUCCGACCACGUGGUCUAUGGGAGUGGUCCGGAAGUUGCACAAAACGUCCCGGUAUGAAAGGAAAGGCAAAGAAAGAAUAUUAUAAAACAGUUGUACGUGCUAGAGAAAGUUUAUCGGUGGGGGAGUGCGCCGUGUUUCUCUCUACAGGGCGGCCAAAUUUGCCGUACGUUGGACGUAUUGAAAGUUUCUGGGAAGGAUGGGGCGGUCAGAUGGUGGUUAAGGUCAAAUGGUUCUAUCACCCAGAAGAGACCAAGGGAGGUAAACGACUGCAAAAUAUGAAGGGAGCACUCUUCCGGUCUGACCACGAAGACGAAAAUGAUGUACAAACCAUUUCUCAUAAAUGUGAAGUCAUUUCCUAUGCGGAAUACAGACGCCGAAUUGACGUCAUUUCUCACGAGGACACCGAUGACGUAUAUUAUCUCGCAGGUUCAUACGAGCCAACGAUAGGUCAUAUUAAGUUUGAACCUGGGGUUGUUUGAGAUACAAAUGAUUUGGGUGACACAGUUACUUAAUUACACGCAAUGACUGCGCGCAAAUUGCAGACGGCAUGGAACGCUAGUGUAAAAGUGUGUUCAGAAUCUAGCAAGUGAUAUGAAAAAAAAAACACGAGAACUUAAGGGUAUGGCCAGACCAAGUGGCAGAGCCAGUACAUGAGCAUCUGCAAUUAAAAAAGAUUGUAUAAACACAUACAUGUACAUGUGUAAUAUAUGCUUACAUGCUUAAUAUUUGGGUGAAUAUCUUGACCUGUUUGUACAGUGCUAAAAUUUGUAUUACAUGAUUUUAGAAACCGGCUAAUAAGUUUGUUGUUAACCGGUCUUUGAUCUUUGAUGAUUAUUUUUACAUGUUUGCCAUAAAUUGCUCUUCUAAAUAUAGAAAUUUAUAAAUAGAUAUGUUUCAAGGCUAAUUUGAUAUUUUCCAAUUGUUUUGUUUCAAUGGUAAUUGUUUUUGUGUAAUAAAUGUAAAUAGAAAGUUGAGGAUGAAUAUCAUGAUUAUAUAGAGUUUGUAAAAUGUAAAUAAGUGUAAAUAGUAGAUCUCAAAGGUCAAAUUCAUAUUCUGUGAAUUCCAAGUCUUUCAUCCUUUCUCUUCCCUAGCAGUUUUAUAUUUUCUGUGUUUAUAGAUUUGUAAAAGGCAAAUGUUUUCAACAUUAUAAAAGAAAUCCAGUGCGAUUUCCAAACUUGUUAAACUUAUUGCAAUAUUAAAACGUGAUUUAACAUUGUGAAAAUACAGCUGAUUAAUGAAAGAUUAAUUUUGAUAAUUUAAUUAUUUGAUGAUUAAAUAAAGGUAUUUAAGAAAUUUUUAUUUUGUAUGACAUUACAGACCAAAUUUUAAUAGAAUUUUAAUUAAGCUAUAGCCCACUUGCGGCAACUGAUUUUACGCAUGCGCAGUAUCGUCUGAUUAUGGUCUGCAAUGUUCGCUAUUCUGUCAGUAUGUAUUUUAUAGAAAAUCUCCCUGUUUAUGAUGAAUGGUUUGUCCAGAUUUAAAGAUUGACAAGUCCAUUUAAUAUAUUUAGGAUGUUAACACCAAAUUGAGAAGUCAACAGUAAUGUCUGGUUAGACUGCAGGCACUGUAGUGAUGUCACGUGAUGUGCAUGUUGUAUUAUAUUUACAUUAACAUGAUCCCUUUUAAUGGAUAUUCUAUAUCAUUUAGGUAUUAUUUUGACUUAAACGUUUAAUUUACAGUAAUGACAAUUUAGUAAAAGUCAAUGACAAUAACUUGUAUUUUUCGUUGUUUGAAUUAUAUUAUAAAAAGUAUUUUCUGUCACGUGACUUUUUCAUGUUUUCACAUUUGUAUUGGAUUUAUUCUAAAUGUUUUCUCUCGUUGUCAUAAAGUUCUUUUCUUGACUGUGUUCAUUCCAAUAUUUGUGUUUGUGUUACUUUAUACGUCUCAAUAUGUUUUUGCAAGUAUUUCUUUAAAGAAUACAAAAUAUAUGUUAAAUUGUUUCAUUUUAAGCUAGCAAUUUGUAUAUGUCAGCAUAGAACCAGUUAUUUACGACCACUUGUACAUUGAAAUCAUCUGUCCUUUGAGGUCAUUUGUAUUUGUAUGUUAAACGCAAAUGUUGAAUUUCCACAUGUGAAUUCAAAAUUCUUUUUCACAGACGCAAAGGUUUUGCUUUUGCAAGGGUGGUCUUUAAUAUAGUUUCUUUUCGCUUCAUAUCUUCAUAAUCAUUACAUUUAUUAAUCAGUCAUGCAUAAUGUUAUGUUAAACAUGUAUAUAUAUCACUUGUAUUUAUUUUUAUCACAGUAGAAAAUAUGUUCCAUAAACGUUACGAAUAUUUCAUUUUGUAAAGUUUUGAAGCAAGGGAGGCCACUCUGCAUAAUAACCCAUUAACAUUUAUUUGUAGUCGAAGACCUUCCCACUCACAUUUACACUCCCAUGGGUAGUUUUAAAAAACACACAGUUAGUAUGUGUUCAUUUUCAUUUAUAUGCCAUUCAGUAUAUAAAAAGGCGGUGUUGCUUUUUUAAAAAUGUCCUUUUUAAUAGUUUAUGUCUCAUUUUAAGUCUACAAUUUAUUUUGCAAGAAAGCAAUCUAAUAUAAACUUUUUAGUUUUAUGAAUAACAUUAUUGCUUAAAGGCCAAUUAUGCCUCAGAAAUACUUUUAUUUUAUGUUCUCAAAAGCUUUUAAUUUAACGUGUCCUGUUACAGUCUCCAAAAAGUAACUAUAUUGGCCAAUUACCUGAGCCAUUUAAUCCUUCUGUGGCUUUUUAGCAAUUUAAGUAAUAUCGAUUUAUUAAUUUGUUUAGAAGUCUAAAUACUUCUUUGUUAACAUUAUGUUACUUUUAUAACAAAUAGUUUUAUAUUCAGCACGUCUUUCUUCAAGUGAUAAGCAUGUGACAUACCCUUAAACCAUUAUUUGAACAUUAUAAAACUCAUGUCUGCCUUUUAUGCGGAAAUACUUAUUUGUUUCUGAGGCGUAAUGUGCCUUUAAAGAAAAUCUUCUAUUCUUUUUACAAAAAAUAUUUAUAAAUAAACUUGUUACAUUUAAGAAAUUAAUGUUAAAAAGCGUUUUCGAAAUCGACAAUAUUCGUAAAAUGUACAAAUCUUUCUCUUGAUUAUAAACUCUGAAAUGUAAUCAUAUUUCGCGAGUUUUAUACAUAGGUAUUUCAUGUACAUGAAUGUUGAAAAGGAAAAUAUGCUGUUUGUAUGUAAAACAAAAACAUGUGCCUUACUUUGUGUGCUAGGUGUAUGACCGUUUGUUUGGGUGAUUGUUUGGGAUCUGUAUUACGUAGAAAGAAAAAUAAUCAUUUUCAAGAUGUAUGAUUUCAGAUUUUGUAAAGAAAACUUUAAUAAAUCUGUUACCACAUCAUUUAAAAGAAUGCAUGUUUACCAAUUUAACACGUUUAAAAUUUUAGAAACUAUUACUGAAAGUAAAAAAAAAAUUUAAUCUUUCAUUGUGGGUUUUCUGUGUAUGUGUUUUUUGAAUGUUUUUAUCACUUUUUUUCAACAAUAAAAAAAACAAUACCAUUUUGAAUCAAGUUUUAUUGAAAAAAAAAGAAAUAUAAGGAUUUUUCUCUUAUCUUUUUUAUUGAAAAAAUAUAGGUAUGGAAUGUAUGAGACUGCGAGAUGAUAGAUCUACAAUGUCUUCUAUGUUUUCCGUUACAUAUAUGAAUGAAACCAUAUUAAAAAAUUAUGAUAAUUCGAGGUGACAUUGUUUUUAUUCUUGUACUAGAUACAUGAGAGUGAUUGAUACUGGUUUAUAUUUGUUCACAUUCUGUUCGUUUAAAGUGUCAUUAUUUCUCAUUUUUUCAUAGGCAAGAUAAGCUGUAUUGACUAUAUAUUUCAAAAGAUUAACUGUUAUAAUGGUGAUGGACCAACACUUGAUACUGGGAAGUGAUCAGGAAAGAAUAUAAAGCUGCCAAAAUGCAGCGUCACGACAAAACCAACAUAAUGGGUUUGCGACCAGCAUGAAUCCAGACCAGCCUGCGCAUCCGCGCAGUCUGAUCAGGAUCCACGCUGUUCGCUUACGAACCAUAUAACAAGACGAGAAACUGAUAGCGAACAGCAUGGAUCCUGAUCAGACUGCGCGGAUGCGCAGGCUGGUCUGGAUCCAUGCUGGUCGCAAACCCAUUAUGUUGGUUUUGUCAUGACGCGGCUCAUAUAUAAAAAAGACUGACCUAUUCUAUUUAUAAAUUGAACCUACAUGUAACUUCCCAUGGAUAUUUACAGAAUUUUCUUGUGCCACGUGAGUAAUUUAUUGUUUCUGCGAAGAAAAAUUUUUAAUUGAAAGGAAUUAUGACACGUCUGCGAAGAAAAAUUUUUAAUUGAAAGGAAUUAUGACAGAAUGUAAACUUAUUUUGACUUUUACCUGUUCACUCACUAUUUACCCUUGGAUGGGCAUAAUGUCACUUUUAAUAAAGGAGUGAAAUAAAACUGUUAAAAGCGAAAAGGAUAUUUGUACUCUUAGCGUUCUUUCUUUCCAUUUACUUAAAAGUGCUAGGUCAUUAUAACUCAUUACUUUAACUGUUAACAUUAAAGAUGGACAUUUUAUGUUGCUUUUUUGUCAUGUCAAUAUAUUUUUUUCAUCUGAAACGUUAUUAGUAGUAUCUCCUUUGUCAUGAAAAUAAAUAUUUUUAUUUUAUCUGAAAAUGAAAUAGAAACGUCUUUAGUAGUAUAGUUUAAUUUGUUUAAUCGAACGUUUUGUCAGUAUUUAUGUUUUAAUUUUUUUGUUUGCAUGCACAUGUAUUAUUUACUACAUUGAUAUGAAUGUGAUAUAAAUGAUUAUGUGCUUUAUUGUUGGUUUGAUUGUUUUCUUUUAUUUUUUUUCUGUAUAUUUUAUGUUUGUUAUUUCUUUUAUGUUUAUUUUACGGCUUUAAUGCUAUACAAAUUUUACUUACCAUGCACUAUAUGUUUUAGUAUCGCUAUAAGUGCUUAUAUGUUAUCAAAUUUGAUUAGCAAACUAUCAUUUUUACAUUUUUUUCUCAUCUUUUUAUUUCUCAUACUUUUUGAAGAAGAAAAAAUAGCAUUUGUUGAUAGUGUUCAUACAUUUAUGAUAAUAUUGUUACGUGAUUUUAAAGAUUGUUAUGUGAUGAAUAAUAACGAAACUUUUGAAUAAAGUUUCUAAAAUA